AUAAAUAAUGUUUCCAUUUUGGGUUUAUCUUUUUCGCUCUUUUCGUUUAAUGCAUGACCGAUUAUAUUGUUGAACUCCAAUGGCGUUGUCAAUAUUUUGAACUUUUAGUGGGAUAAAGUGUUCUAUAUUCGAUUAAUUUAAUAUUUUGGUUGUUUAAAAUUUUUUCUCAAAAUGAGGAAUUCUGCAUAUUACGUGUAAAAAGAACUGGGUUUAGUUGCAAAAGAGUUUGCUAGUUGAGGCUUUGUAUCCAUUUACAUUCUUUUCUACAAAGAUCUGUUGAAAUAUGCAACAAUUUUUCUUCAAAUGACAGUUUUUGCUAGGGAAGAGAAUGUAUGUAGGGCUAAGUUCUUAAUUAGCAUACUGGAAACAGAUUCUUAGAUUUCAGUUUUGUUUAUUUUUCCCUCUUCUAUUUUGUUCAGAAAUUCAUUUUUUUUCUCUUGAAUUCAGUAAGAGUACUGUAAUAAAUAAAUAGAUAAAUCCUAAACUAGUUAUAAGAUAAUCCUUAAUCAGUGAUUAAAGGCACCGCUUACAUGACCCAUUAUCUGUUUCCUGGUAACCUUGAAGAGUGGGAGUUGGUGUUUCUUCAGUUUGUUGAAUGGCAUCCACUCUAUUUUUGUUGAGUUAUGAAUAGGUGUUGAUUUUGUGGGUCAAAACAUGGAAAUAUGGACCACGAGCUGUCUGGUUGUCUUAUGGCCAUGUGAAGAUGAUUUGUAAAUUGGGUGUCAGAAACCUAAAAUAUUGUUUAAUGCAACAUUUUGAUACUAGUUUUGUGUUAAGGCAGAAUUACAUUCUAGAGAAUAAGUAUGAACUGUCAUAGACCUUUUGAAUAGACUGUGGCAUCUUAGUUAUAAUCGGAGUGGAAGAAUGGUGUAUUUUAUUCCGAAACUUUUAUUACUUUUGGUCCAUGGUUAAUGUUGUUUUACGACAGGAUGUUUGGGGUUGAUAGUUUAGUUCAUCAAAAAGGAGAUUGAAAUCUUAAGACUUGUUAGAGAGACCCAAAUCUCUUCAUGGUUUUUUUAUAGAAAUACUACUUAUUCUAGAAACCAAUAAAACUACUGAAAUAAAAGCACAGCAUUAACUAAGGAAAGAAAUAAAAUCACAACCGAAGCCUUAAUUAGAGAAUCAAAAUUAGCAGCCUUUCCUAACAUAGAUGCACCCCAUAACAUGUUGCUUGAUUUUCCUUGGCAUGUUAACCUCUUCUUUUUUUAUUUUGUAUAUCGGAAUGAAUCAUGUCUGCUUAUAUAUUUUGGUUUUGUUUUGUCAUUUUACUCUACAUUUUUAUUGAAGCUGGAUUAAGCUUAAAUAUGUCAAUAUUUUAUUUUUGGACAGCAGCCCUGUCACUCUUUUUCUGAUUUGAGCGAUUUCAUUCCUUGAUAGCUUGCACCACUUCUGAAGCCUCUUAAUUUUCUUUCUGAAAUUUCUUUUGCCUUCCUUUUCAAAUAUACUGCUUAAUUAUUCCUUUGGUGAAAAUAUUUUAACCUAGCAACUACCUUUGAGACACGGAUUCAAUUGAGAUACAUUAUCUGAAACUCCUUGUAGCUAUCAUUUUCCUCCCCUCAGUAUAUGUAUACUUCUAGCCUCUGUGCUUUCUUCAGAGUUGCCUUGCAAGCCUGUUUAAAUAGAUUCAUAUGAUGCCAAAGCCUAAGGCACUUACCGCUGCUCAGUCAAUGGAAUCUAAAGGACCAAGUGAGCCCGAACAGCUUGUUGAGUCUGAUGAGAGGGUUGAUCUUGAUGAAGACAGUGAUCCUGAGGAGACCAUGGAAGAAGAGGUGGAGUAUGAAGAAGUGGAGGUAGAAGAAGAAGGAGAGGAAGAAAUAGAAGAAGAAGAGGAAGAAGAAGACCUGGAUGUCGAAAACGCCAAUGGGGCUGAUGUUUUUGAGACUAAAGUUGAAGAUGGAGAUGAAAAGAGGAAGCAUGCUGAGCUUCUUGCUCGUCCUCCUCAUGGUUCUGAAGUUUAUAUUGGAGGCAUUCCACAUGACGUUUCUCAGGAGGAUUUGAAAGGCUUUUGUGAAUCGGUUGGAGUAGUUACUGAGGUUCGCAUUAUGAAAGGUAAAGAUUCAACUGAAAACAAGGGAUUUGCAUUUGUGACCUUUAGAAGUGUAGAAUUGGCCUCUAAUGCCAUUGAUGAGCUAAAUAAUGCGGAUUUUAAGGGUAGAAAAAUUAAAUGUUCAAUGUCCCAGUCAAAGAAUCGAUUGUUUAUUGGUAAUAUACCUAGAAGCUGGAAAGAGGAACACCUAAGGAAGGCUUUGUCGGAGGUUGGACCCGGAGUUACUGGUUUGGAAUUGGUAAAGGAUAUGAAGAACUUAAGUAAUAACAGGGGCUUUGCCUUUGUUGAGUAUUAUAACAAUGCAUGUGCUGAGUAUUCAAGGCAGAAGAUGAUGAGCCAAGAAUUCAGGCUUGGUGAUAAUGCUCCAAAUGUGAGCUGGGCUGAUCCCAAAAAUGCCGAUUCUUCUGCUGCUUCUCAGGUGAAAGCAAUUUAUGUAAAGAACUUGCCAAAGGAUGUCACACAAGAUCAGUUAAAGAAGCUAUUUGAACAUCAUGGGAAGAUCACGAAAGUGGUUCUACCUCCUGCAAAACCUGGACAAGAGAGAAAUAGAAUCGCUUUUGUUCAUUUUGCAGAGAGAACUUGUGCCAUGAAAGCUCUGAACGACUCAGAAAAAUAUGAACUGGAUGGUCAAGUUGUGGAAUGUUCUCUUGCAAAGCCACUAACAGAUCAAAAGACUCCUGGGGGUUCAAGUUCUCAGAAUUCACGUUUUCUUCCUAAUUAUCCACCUCACGUUGGGUAUGGUCUUGUCGGGGGUGCCUAUGGUACUCUAGGUCCAGGAUAUGGUGUUGCAGGCCUUGCACAGCCAUUAAUCUAUGGAAGUGGACCAAGUCCAACUGGCAUGUCAAUGAUGCCAAUGCUUCUACCUGAUGGCCGCAUUGGAUAUGUUCUGCAACAACCAGAAGCUCAACUUCGAAGCCCACCUCCACAUCAGAGAAAUAGUAAAGAUAGUGGGAGUUCAAACAGGGGGAAACACAGCAACGAUGGCCGGUGGUAUCGCCCCUAUUGAGUGUUUAUUAUAUUAGGUUGCUUCUGUGGUAGAUGGAGGGUGUAUUUAAGCAUUCCCCGGCAGUGAUCAGUGACUGUUAUAAACCAAACUAUGAUUGUCAAUGAAAAAAAUACACUUCAUUUGAUGAUUCUGUCAUAUUUGGUAUCUUUAUUAAUGAGUCAAGCAAGAACAUUUAGCUCUGAGGCUUAAUAUUUUA